GCUUGCCCAUGCAAGCGAUUGCUUCUUCAGCAUCACACAUACGACAAGCGUGUUCACUCCCCUGGCGUUUGUUGCGUCUUCUCCCUUCGUCCCUCUUCUCACCCCUCGUCUCUCUUACUCCAUCCCUCUGACUGGUGUGUGUGUGUGUGUGUGUGUGUGUGUUGUCAGCUGACGGAGGAGGAGAGGUACGCACAUACCGUCGUCCACCGCAUGUUUGAGGAGAUGCGAGACAAGGGCAUGUCGCUCAAGCAGGCCUUUGAGCAGAUGGCAUCCGACGAUGGGUCCCCGGGCGCUUCCUCCCCAGAGGAACAUCGCGCCAAGCUUGCACAUUUGCUGUCCACGUGCACGAACACCGCGAGCCAAGCAGAUGUGGAGGCGAUCUGCAACUACUUCCUCGCCGACCGCAAGGAGAUUGAGUUCAUGGAGAUUAUGCAGGACAUCCUUGUCGAGCACGUCGUCUACCAGCUCCACCGCAUCAACAUCAACCUCAGGCUGCUGUUCAAGCAGCACGACCUCAAGUCCUAUGGCUACUUGACCGGCAGCCAGUUUGCUGCCAUGAUCUCCACCGUGUGCCCACUCCCAAACACAGAGCUGCAGUUUCUGGUUGGCCUCGUUGACCCCAACAACACGGGCCGCAUCGACUACAACGCCGUGUACCACCGCCUGUACCAGACAAGCCGCGUGCUCUCGCGCCGCUGGGCGUGGAUGGCAUCUGCCCGCCACACCAUCCGCAGCGUCGUCGUCAUCACGCGACACGGCGCUCGCUUCCCGCUCAAACCGUUUCCCCGCGAUGAGCACUGGCCGAAGGAGCCGCACUUCUGGCAGUCGUUUGGCGGCCGCCUCACUGCCGUGGGCAUGCAGCAGCACAUCUCGCUGGGCCGGAAGCUGCGCCACAAGUACCUCCACCACGAGCAGCUGCUUGACGAGCAGUGCCCAGACCUUAGUCUUCGUGUACAAACGUACACCUCCCACGCCGACCGCGCCCUCAUGUCUGCACAGAGCCUGCUGCUGGGGAUGUUUCCUGGCACGAGCCCGUCCUUCCGCCUCGAUCUCCACGGACGCUUCUCCACCAGCCAGAAGGUUCCGCCCGUACAGGCCGCAAAGUCCCCCACGUUCACAGGAAACUCAUUGCCGAUCCACGUGGCGAGCGAGAAUUACUCUCCACUGCUGCACGGCUUCAAGUCAAACGACGCAUACAACGCCCUAAAGACACGCGUCUUUGAUGAAUCGCUGCAAUUUGAGCAGUGGGCGCAGGAUGUGCGCUGCCGAAAACUCAUCGACAAGCUCUGGCGCAUGACGCAGUUUGAAAAGAUCAACCCAGCCAACGGAUACCAGACGGCGUUGAGGAAUUUGCAGAGCGUUGCGCAGCAAGUCAACAUUGAGCGGUCCCACAGCAUGGAUCUGCUGUUGAAUUCGAGCGGGAUUGUGUUUGAGGAGGACGAUGAGCAGCUGUUGAAGGAAAUCACAACGCACAUAUGCAAUCUGCGAUACUGUGGUGACGAUAUUGCAACACAGCGCAGACUCGCGCGCCUUGCAGCCGGCACGCUCCCAGCGACAAUUGUGCGCAACUUUGAGGGCGUGUCGCAAACGGCGGAGCGCGGUGGAACAAUGACAAUCUUCAGCGCACACGACAACACCCUAAUGGCCAUGCUGGCACACCUCGGCUACCGGGACUUCCCUGUGCCGUCGUUUGCCGCUUUUCUCGCCUUUGAGCUGCACGAGCAGAACAACGCGCCGUUUGUUCGGCUCGUGUACAACCCCGACCCCGAGGAGUAUGGCUUUCCAUCAGACCCAGCCGUCAUGAGCGGCACCCUGCAGCCCGUCUUUGCCCUCGAUAUCCCGGGGCCAGGCCAGGUUGUGACGUGGGGGCGGCGGGGAGAAGGGCGCGAUAUUCCGCUUGAAGAGUUCAAAUUUCUGCUUCUGAAGGAUCGCAGAAGUUUCUCGAGCGAGAAGGAGUGGCAGCACGCCUCCAAGAGCGAUCCGGAGGCUCUUGAUGCCUCCCCUGUCCACAGCACCAGGCCAGACACGCCCCACAUGCUUGAAGGCAAGGCUGUGCUUGGGCGGUUUGAGGAGCAAGUCGCCGGACACCGUGACAGCAUUAUGACCCUUGGGCGCGACAAGCGGAAAGUCUGUAAACCAAUGACAGAUCGCGAACUCAACCUCUACCGCCUUGUCUUCGAAAUAGGCCACAACACAGGCUACGCGGGCCAGUUUGCCAUUCUCAGGAAAUGGAUUCCAGCGUAUUAUCACCAGGUGUUUGUGAAGGAAGCAGACCAGCAACCGCCCGAGAGCGAAGAGGACGAUGUGAACGACGACGACACGCAGCUGCUUGAUCGCACGUGGACCACCCAUCUUCCGGAGCGCUACGAACGUGUCAACUUCAUCAACAGAACAGAGUCGCAAAUGCGUGCGCUGCAGAAACAGCGGGCGGAGCUUGAGGCUGCACAGGAAGAGCAGCUGCCAGAGGUGGUGCGCUUCCGCUCGCUCAAUGCAUCGCCCGUCACCAGCCGUCGUGCCACCCCCGUGCACACGCCGACCCGCGGGUCACCGCGCCAACGUCGUCACGUCCCCAAGGCACCGGCCAUCACGGGCACAGCGCUCAUGCUCUCCCCAGACGGCCAGUGGCGCCGUCGCUUUCUUCUCUUGCAGGACAACGUGCUGUACUGGCACAGGCACGUCGUCCUGGCAGUCGGGACCGCAGCGCCGCUGGGCCAAGUUGACGUGGCCGAGUGCAAAGACGUCAUCCUCUCGCACGACAAGCGGCUCACUGCCAUCUCCUGGCCACAGCGCAAAGGCCAUGCAAUUGCGCUGGUCACGAAGACGGGCACGCUGCUUCCUUUCUACUUCAUGCAGCGUCCAAUCUUCACGCAGUGGAAGAAUGCCCUUGUGGAUCGUGUCAACGAGAGGCCAAGCCCCGAGGAGAGUGGGUUGCUCGCUGCGCUUGCCCCCGCCGUUGCGGCGGCAUCAGAUGACGACAAUGAUGGCGAUGAGCCUGUGCACACCGCCAUGAAGCGCGAGGCACGCUUCAUCCUCGACAACGCUCUCGUUGCUCUCAAGGAGACAAAGGAUCUGCUGUCAGAGGUGCUUGGUGAAGAGUACGACGACGUGCCACGCAGCCGCCGCACGACACAAUCUCGCCGUCCAUCCAUCACUGUCUCGGAUGCAGAUGAUAUUGAUGACGACAGCUUACGCCGCACCACCCCCACCGCUGCUACUGUUGCGAGCAGCACCAGCAGCAGCGCGUACACGGGCGAGCCGCUGUCUUCCUCGUCGUCGCAACACCUUCUCGAGUCGUCAGUCACAUCGACGUCCACAGGCCUUGAAAUGCAGCCACCAUCACCGCCGGCAAUCGCACCAUCGCCAACAGCAGCAGCAGCAGCAGCAACAAAUGUCACGUCAGCAGCAAAUGUCACGUCAGCAGCGGACAUCACGUCCGGCACCACGUCACCCAUUCGUGAGGGGGCGAAUGUGAGGGGCCAGGUGUUUCUUGUGCUGGAGAACCUCGUGGCUGAAUUCAAGCACCCGUGCAUCCUCGACCUCAAGAUGGGGCGGCGACAGCACACGGACGAUGCGCCGUUGGAGAAACGCCUGAAGCAGAUUGAAAAGUGCCGCGAAACAACAUCGGCGUCUAUGGGGGUGCGGUGCUGCGGUAUGCGCGUGUAUUCCACGCCAACCAGCAGGUACAAGGUCUGGGACAAGCUGUUUGGACGCAAGAUCAAGCGACACACUUUCAAAGAUCUGUGUUUGAAGCAGUUCUUUGACAACGGGUGCGGCAUUCGGUGGAAAGUGAUUGAGAAUUUGCACCGCCGCCUGCAGGAGUUGAAGGAAGACGCACUCAAACUCGACGGGUUUCGGUUCUACUCGACGAGUCUGCUGAUUGUGUACGAGGGCCACCACCCGGAUCACGUGCAGGACAAUCGCGUGGAGUUGCGUCUCAUUGACUUUGCCCGCACGUCCACGCCGGUCGACCCAGACGGAAAACCGGGCGUUGACCAUGGGUUUGUGUACGGCAUCGAAACACUGAUUUCGCUGCUGGACGAGAUGCUGCAGUCACGUUUCAGCGUGCAGGCGAAGAAGAAGAAGAACAAGAAGAAGGGCAGCAAGAAGGGCAAGCAGAAGUGAGGCGCUGAUUGUGGCACCUGUCACGUUCAAGGACAUGACUCAUGGCCCAGUCGCUUGUAGGAGUGUGUGUGUGUGUGUGUGUGUUUGUG